UUUCAGACGUCUGUGCUGCAACACUCAUCAACGUCUCCAUCAUUGUCACCUACCGAUGAUGGCCGUCUGUCUUCCCUUCGUUCAAUCUCUCUCUAUCCUUUCUUCCUUUCUCUAGAAUAUCCGAUCUUCUGGGGAGCAAAUAAAGAAGUGGCAGGUUCGGAUUUGGUGGAUUCUAUCACCUGGAUUUUGUUUUUUAUUAUAUAGGGUUUCCUUUUUUUUUUUUGUUUGGAUCGAUUCAAUCCGUCUGCAUUGGUAUUGCGGUUGUUUUUUUUUCUUUUUCUUUCCCUUUAUAUCUGUUUCUGCGAUUUUGCAUCGGCUUUAAGGCAGCUUCUGCAGAUUUGAAUAGCGACAGAGAACAGUUUGAAACCUGAAACAUAAAAUAGUAUUGACAAGAGAAUGGAACCACAGGGAAGGAUGAGAUAUCCUGCAAAGAAAGCAAAGAUAAGAGAGUCAAGCAGCCAAAAAAGUGAAUUUGGUAGCAUGUUCAGAAGAGCAUCAAUGGAUUUGAUGGGGGAUGGCAGCACAGAUCCCGAAUGUGGUGCAAUCUUCAUGUCAAACAGGAAAACAAUGGAAGAAUGUCUUAGACGGAACCUAUUCGGCCUUCCAUUUUCUAAGGCUGGAUUUGUAAAACAUGUCAAAGUGGGAAUGGUUUUAUUUUUAUUUGAAUAUGAGAAGCGAGAACUUCAUGGCGUAUUCCAGGCAAGCACAGAUGGUGCAAUUGAUAUUGUUCCCGAGGCUUUCUGUUCAUCUGGCAAACGAUUCUCUGCCCAGGUUCGCAUUACAACAAUCUGGAAUUGCACUCCUCUGACUGAGCAUGAAUUCAGUGAUGCUAUUCGAGAUAACUACUUUGCGGCAAACAAGUUCAACUUUGGUUUGUCCAAAGACCAGGUUCACAGGCUUCUAUUGUUGUUUAGUUCUAAAAAGUUGAAAGAUCUACAACCUCAGAGACAACUCAGAAGAAGUAAUGUCUCAAAACCAGUCAGGAGCUCUUUAGGUAAAGUUCGAAGAGUAGAUGCUAUAACUGGUCAUAGGGAAGAAAAUGUACAUGGAGUGAACAAUGAUCUUUGGCCAGCCAUCUUGACUGAGUACCCUGGGAAUUCUUUGGGUAAAAUAAGUAGAUUUCCUGAUGAAGCCAGUUUUGCAGUGAGUGAUCAGGGAGAACGUCAACGUGCUUUGGAAAGAGAUAUUGGGCUGUUCAUAUCGACCGUGAAAGAUGAAGUAAUUAAAAUACCUGACAGUGACAGGUUUACAACGAGUGAUAGAGUAGGAAAUGAUCAUAUCACAGCUGAAUACCGAGAGAAAUCUUUGGGCAAAGAAAGAAGGGCAUCCCAUGAUGGCAGGUAUCCAACAAGUGAUUGGGUUGAAAAAGAUUAUAAUGUGGACCCUGAUAUUGCCCAGGGGUACAUCAGAAACCCUUUAAAACAACCCAAUGAUCUUAAGCCAGUCUUGACAACUGAACGCUGUGAGAAAUCUUUGGGCAAAGAAAGGACGGCUUAUGUAGGCAGGCAUUCAACGAGUGAUUGGUUUGGAAAUGAAUGUAAUGCUCACAGUGAUCUUGGUGCGGUCAUCUCAACUGAAUACACCAGAAACUCUUUAAAACUAUCCAAUGAUGACAGAUUUGAAAUGAGUGGUAGAUCAGGAAAUCAACUUGAGAGUGGGGAUGAUGAUCUUGGGCCUGCCAUCUCGGUUGAGUGCCUUGGCAACUCUUUGGGUGAAGUUAGAAGAGGACCUGAUCCUGAGAGGUUUAUGACAAGUGAUAGGAUAGGGAAUGAAGGUCAGGUCAACAAUGAUCUUGGGCCAGCUAUCUCAACUGAGAUCCCAGUUAACCCCUUGGGUGAUGCAAGAAGAGUGGUUGAUGAUAACAGGUUUAUGGUAAGUAAUAGAGUAAGAAAUCGACUCCAGGUGGACGAUGAUCCUAGGAUGGCCUUCCCGACUGAGUAUUAUAGGAACUCUUUGGGUGAAGCAAGAAGAGUAACUAAUGUGGACAGGUUUGCAACAAGUGAUUGGGUGGGAAAUGAACGUCAAAUGGACAAUAAUAUUGAGCCUGCCAUCUCUACUGAAUACUUAUAUAAGCCUAACCUGAAUAGGUUGGAUUAUUCUGGCAAACAAAUUAAAGGAACUGAUAAUAGCUCAGCUCAACCUUAUUUUGAAUCAUCAGCAUUUUGCUUGAGAGAGCAAAGAACAUCUUGUGAAGAUACAAUUGCCACAAGUACUGAUCCUUACAGAUCUGGAACACCCACUAUUCACUAUAGUGGCUUGCCAUCUUGUGGGUUGUAUCACAGUUCUAAUUCUGUACAAGAAUGUCCUCACUGCAGUUCUCUGGGUAAUGCUUUUCGUUCACCUAAAAAAAAAUCACCUCCAUUUCAUGCAGAGUCCAGAGGUGUAACCAGAUGCUUGGACAUCACUUCUGGCUUUGGGAAUUGUGUUUCUUCACUUACUCCCGAUGAUUACGAGUGUUCUUGCUAUAGGACCACUAUGCCAUUCUCAGGGCCUGGAUAUUCUGAAAGCAAGGCUGUAGAAUUCUCUGAUCUUGAAGGUUACAGAGGCUCAUCCUUUGCAGAGUCCUUACUUCCUGUGCCUCUCCUAAAGGGUGAAAAUGAUGGCCCUGCUCCAUAUUCCUUCAGGUCCAUUGAGGAGACUCCAUAUGAUUAUGGGUAUCCUGAAGCAUCACACUACAAAAAUAAACUACUACUGAAAGGUGGGGAUGGUGAAGCUUAUGCUGCCAAUGUUCCUCUGUCAAAUGAGGUUCAAUGCCACUCUCAAGGUGAUCUUUGUUCUCUAGAGGCAAAAAGCUUGAACUUCCAUGAAAACAAUAUGUCAGAUCAUGACUUCCAGUCAAGAAAAAAAAUCAGAGGAAUGUAUUCUGCUCAUCAAAAGAGCAGAAAUAGUGUCUUUUCUCGCUUGACUUUUGCUGCUGAAGCGUGUGCAGAAGACAACGAUAGCCCUGUGGACUACAAUGAACAUAAUGUGGAAACAUCAGUGGAUGAACUCAUCGACAUGUUGCAUGACAGUAGUUAUCACUGGGCAAAGAAAUUGAGAAAGUCUAAACCAUUAAUUGGACAUCAUGAUAAUGGUGAAAACAUUAGGAAUAAGAAACUAAAAACCGUCUACAGUGAGAUGGAGAGGGAUCAAUGUACAUUAUUACCGAUACAGAAGAACAUGGAUGCUACUCUAGGCAACGGAGAGAGUGAUCAUGAAAGGACCAAAGGCAAGCCAGCAGUGCAUUUCAAAAGGCGAAGUGAGACAGGGAAAAAUAGGGAUGAAAUCAAGACUGGGGGGUUUGUUGAAAGUACAGGGAGCAAUGGCUUGUUGGGUGCUCAUCAGAAGAGGAGAAAACUAGUCCGGCCAAACUUCAGUAAAAAUGAGCCUUCUCAUGAGAAAGACGUCAUUGGUGAAAACACUCCAAAUCUACAGCUAUCAUCUCAAGAAAGCUCUUUCAGUAAAGAUAAUACUGGAAGUUGUGAGGCUUCGGAUAGAAAGCAUGAAAACAAAAAGGUGGGGCAGCAAGCUGGUUUGCUGCAUGCACCUUGUCAAGCAGGUUGUGAAGCUAUCUCCACUGAAGCAAAAAGUGGUUCAGACAGCGAAGGAGGGAGGAAAGAAGAAAGCGGUUCAGGGUUGUCUCUUAAAAAUGAAGGUGAAAAUGGGAAAGAAGGUUCAAAAAUUGAAGAGGCAAACCUUUCAGUUACUUGUAGAGAUGAAUCCAUCGCCGAGGAAUCCAUGGUGCAUGGAUUAUCUCAGGAUCAUGUCACCGAGAGCUGCUCCAAUGUGCAAGAGUCAUCUCUCAAGAUAUGUGAAGAAAAUGCUGGAAGUGUAACUGGAUUGGAAAGCGCUUGAAAAAAUGAUAAAGAUUAUGAAAUGGAGUCAGCUUCAAAAUGUUGGGAACGUGAAAGAAGCUUAAAGCCAGACACUCACAGAAACUAGUUCAGGCAAUCAGAAUUCAGAAUCAAAGAUAGUAUAUAUAAACAUUCAAAGGUCAAGGUCAGGCAUGUCUGUCCUUUUAUCAUUGGUCUUGUAGUUUGGAUUAACUGAUAUUCUUUUGGUGUUUUGAUGCUGCCUGCUUUGAAUGGCCUUAUGUAUGUUUUUGACAAAACCUGUUUACUCAUCUACAGAGUAUUCUCUCUUUCUGCAAUCUUCAUAUUCUUUCACCUUGA